ACGUGGGGCCCUCGCUGCCAUGAGUCAUCUCCAGCCAGGCUUCCCGGGCCUGUUCGGCGCCAGGGCUAUCACAGUGCAUCGAUGUGGUUGCGGCGUCGGCAGCAGCUUCGGGGAUGGCUACAAUUCGCAGCGGCCUACAUUGCCCGAGGGACUCACCCUGCAGGAGCCGAUGCCCAUCGCGGCGGUGACCCAACAUCGCUGGCUGGGACCCCAUUGGCGCGGCGAGUUGGAUCUCUUGGGCAAGGGCAAGGGCGGGAUCAGCACCGCGGCCUCCCACGCGUCCACGCUGGCCGGCCUAGUGGCACGUGAGGAGCUUCUAGUAUCCGCGGCAGCAGGCGUCUUUGAUCUGCAGGUGGAGGCCUCUUGCAGGAGCGUACCAGACUGGCUGAUCUGGUCCCUACAGAACCCCUACGGCACAAUGGUCUCUUGCAAGGCCGAGGUCCAGGCAUCGCGUGCGGGGGCAAUGUUGUACUCCACCCCCGACCAGCCAGGCUAUGUGGAGGCUGCUGCGCUCGCGCUGGCCGUGGACAGGGCGGAGGCGCCCUCCGUGGAGGCGCGCCGUGGGAUCCGCCCGCGUGGGCUCCUGCUCGUUGCGUGGCCGCCCGUGGAGUUGCGGACGG